AUGUGGCGUUUGUGGGCGCUAUGUACGGCGUUUAUGUGCGCGCGCGGCGCGUUGCUGCCUCUGGAGGUUGAGCGGCUGCGCGCGUCAGUCGGCGGGUACGCUGUUAUGAACUGCCACCUUGACUUCCCCUUUGGCAACGAGAUACCGUACCACUUGCAGUGGGAUAAAGAUGGCGAAACUAUAUUCUCGUGGUACAGUGGAGACGCGUCGCCGCGUGUGGCGGAUCGCUGGGGCGGGCGGGUGCGUCGAGUGGGACCCGGCGCGCCCACAGAAAACGGUGAAGCGGCGCCCAGCGCCUUAGGCGGAGGUUCCGUUAACGUGAGCUCCGUGCGCGAGACCGACGCAGGUCUCUAUCGUUGUCUGGUCACCUUCCCUAACCGCACACCACCCUCGCGCAACAAUGGCACCUAUUAUUAUUUAGAUGUUGAAGGUGGUAACUUAAUAGUGACGCCACCUGUCAACGUGACCGUGAUAGAAGGUGACAGCGCUGAACUCGAGUGCUUGGUGAAAAGUCCAGAGUGGAGUGUGCAGUGGUACCGCGAGGACGUUAGUGUAAGCGCGCUGCCCGAGUUAGCAGCGCGGACGUCGCUGGCCCCUAACGGUUCGCUGCUGCUGCGACGCGCUAUCAGCUCAGACCUUGGCCGCUAUGAAUGUCGCGUCAGUGCACCUGAUGGACGCCGCCAAGCUGCCGCGGCUCACCUUGACGUGCAUUAUAAAGCAAAAGUAGUGUACUCGCCCGCCGAGCGUCAUCUCGGCUAUGGUAAGCCGGCGAGUCUCGACUGUCACUUUAGUGCCAACCCACCGCUCACCAACCUGCGCUGGGAAAAAGAUGGCUUCCUGUUCGACCCUUACAACGUUCCUGGUGUCUUCUACAGCCGGAAUGGCAGUCUACUCUUCAAUAAGGUGGACGAAUCUCACGAGGGCGUGUACUCUUGUACGCCGUACAAUACCUUAGGAUCGGCUGGCCCAAGUGCCGGAGUACGUGUACGUGUUCAGCGCCCGCCCGCCUUAGCAAUACGUCCGCGCCCACUUUAUCUGGCGCGCCUUGCUGGUCAUAUCACGUUGCCUUGCGUUGCUGAGCCGCAGCUAGCUGCCGUUCCGCCUUCUCUUUCUUGGGCACGAAAAGACGGCCACCCUCUACCAGCAGGCCGCCAUACACUCGACGGCGGCAAUCUAACCAUCACUGAUGUUCGUGAGGAGGACCGCGGCUCAUACGUGUGCACGCUAACAAACGAAGCGGCCGCUGUCAGCGCUGAAACGGAGCUGGUCGUGGAAAAUGUGGCUCCACGUGCGCCUCACGAUCUGCGGGCGCGCGCUGAGGCGAGCGCCGUGCACGUCCAAUGGGCGGCAGACCGUGCUGACCUGGAAUACCAGGUGUGGUGGCGUGAACGUUCGCGUGGCGAAUGGCGCACCAUGAAGAUACUGACGCGUGGCGAUACGCACGCAACGCUACGUGGUUUACGUCCGGCCACACCCUAUGAGCUGCGUGUUCUCGCGCAGGAUCAGCUUGGUGAUGGCCUAUUCAGCCAGCCACUCUUCGUCACCACUCCAGACUUGGAAGCGAGUGGAAUGUCGGAGGCGAGUGAGGAAGUGGCAACAGCGCUGCCAGUGAGCGAAGUGACUGAAGAGAUGGAAGAGGCUUUGGAGGUGGAAGGUGUAGCAGAGUUAGAAGUUCGCGUGUCGAUCGUAGAAGAAGGCGCUUUAGUGCGUUGGGAGCCACACGUCACCGCCGAACGCUGUACCGUGCGCUGGUUCCGCGACGAACAUCCGCGCCGCCUACUCGCGCUUGCGCACACCACGCACGAUCAUCUGCUUGUGGGUGCUGUAGAGGAGGGCGGCGCAUACUGGGCCCAAGUACAAUGCGCUGCGGCAUGGGGUGGUGCAUCUGCGCAUGUACCGCACUAUGGCCGACUGCGGGCCGCUGCUCUUGGCGUCGGCGUCGCUGCUUUGCUGCUCGGCGCAGCAGCUGCAACCGCCUGGCUUCUACGACGACGCUUUAUACGCCGGCCAGUUCGCGAUAAGCGCUCGCGUUGA